GGGUCCCAUUCAGUGGGGCCGGGCAAAAAGGAAGGCGCUCCGGCCAGUGCUGGGGGUGGGUAGGAGGGGGGAGAUGGAGGCGCUGGCUGCGCCUAGUGUGGCUGCGUCUCUUCCAUGCGCGCCCUUGACGCCGGAGGAAUUGCCCGGGCAGCGGAAUUCGCCGAGAGCAAAGCCGAAACUCGUCAGCUUGGAGGAACUUAUUGCAGCCAAACCAAACAAAACACCGAUUCAGCUGUUGCUUGAAUAUGGCACAAAAGCUCGCCUUAAUCCUGAAUAUGAAUUUGAAAAAGCCGAGGGAGAAGUACAUAUGCCUGUUUUCACCUAUAAAGUCACCAUAGGUGACAUCUUUGCCACAGGAGAGGGUCCCAGCAAAAAGAUUGCAAAACAGAGAGCUGCUGAAGCUGCACUGAAUAUUUUGAAAAGCAAUCCAAAUAUCUGUAUUUCUAUGCCAGACCAUAUAAUCCCUGAACCUCUCAAUCAAGCACAGAAUCAGACCAAUCCGAUUGGAUCGUUGCAAGAACUGGCUAUGAGAAAGGGUUGGAGAUUACCUGAAUAUUUACUGGCCCAGGAGACUGGGCCACCUCAUAAGAGAGAGUUUGCAAUGACUUGCAGAAUCGAGACGUUGGUAGAAACAGGUAUGGGAACAUCUAAAAAAUUAGCAAAGCGAAAUGCUGCUGAGAAAUUACUUGAAAAGUUCCACAGUUUUUGUCAAGAUAAUAUCACAAUUUCUUUAGGAAAAGAACAAAUGCAUAAUUUGGGAUGUACCUGGGAUAGCUUAAGGAACUCUUCUGGCGAAAAAAUUACUAUGUUGAAGAUAAGCUCCCUCAGUAUUCCCAAUACAGACUAUAUUCAGCUCCUUGGAGAAAUUGCAGAGGAGCAAGGCUUUAAUAUAAAAUAUUUGAACAUAGAGGAGUUGAGUGUGAAUGGACAGUUCCAGAGCCUCGUAGAACUUUCAACCAUUCCAAUCAUAGUUUGCCAUGGGACUGGAAUCUCCUGGAGCAACAGCCACAAUGAUUCAGCCCACAAUGCAUUACAGUAUUUAAAAAUUAUGGCUGGGAGGAAAUAACCUUGAUACAGGGAAAAAGAAUGAACAUGGGGUACAUAUAUAUAUUUCCAAUUUCCAAAUUAUUGAGGCUUUUUUUAAAGUCACAUCACAACCUCUGCAUUCAUAAUUGUAUAUUAUAAAGAAAAUGUAACUUAAACCUAUUAUGAUGUUUUUGUUUAUUUAUUUUGGAAAGCUAAAAUCAGGAAAACCCAAAAGCCGUGAACAGGGCAUGAGACACACCCUGCAACUCUAUAGCGUUUGAUGAAUCUGAAUUCUCAGUACCAAAAUAGUUAUUAGUCUGUCAGCGGCUGUUGCCUCCUUUCUCAGUAUUGUUUUGUACAGGGAUGGGGGGCUUGAGGCAAACCUACAGAAGAGUGCAGUGUGUUGAGAGAAGGAAUAUGUUUAAGAAUGCUGUGCAUUGGGAGCAGGAAGUCCAGCUCAUUCUUCUGUUUAUUUCUUACAGCAUUAAUAUAUUGCCUUAUGAAACUGACUAGGUAUCUCACGGUGAAACCACAAAGCAAAAACAUAAACCAUCAGUUCAUCAUAGUUUCAUAACAUCUUAUUAAAAGUAGAUUGAAAUUGAAAAAUCCAACUCUGCAUAACUCUGCUAGUUUCUUAAAAAAUCAGAUUCACAUCCAUAUCCAUAAGGCAACCCAGCAUGUAAAUAAUUCAAUCCCUCCAAGCCCAGUGAAACAAAACAACUUCAGGCUUCGCCUGAAGAACAGUGGUGUGAUCCUCCAGACUCCAUUAGAAGAUAUCACCAAGCAAGGCCUGCCUCUCAUCAUUCCCUAGCACCCCAUAACAGGCAAAUUGGGACACCAACUGCCAUUUCAAUCAGCUGACAUUUCUAUUAUUCCAAACCUACUGUACAGCCAAAUUCAAAUAUCCAGCCCUCUCCCAAUUUGACUCCCCUUACUGAAUUUGUUAAGUCUCCCACUGUAGUCCUGCUUCCACAUGCUAUUCUGUGUCUGCAUGGCAGCAGAUAAGUUGUAAUGUGUUAUAGCGACAAAGGUGAUAAUAGUAAUAAUGUGCAUCAACUGGAAUUAAGGUGCCACAUUUGUCACAUUGAUAGUGUCUUGCCAUUUUCAGCAUUCCCUCUUCUAGCCCUUUCCUUCCUCCAGUUCACAUGUUCUGCCUUCUACUUUCUACACUUCUUUUGUAUCUGUCACUUGAUGUUCCACACAAUUGAGUUUCACCAGCUUUCCCAAUUCUCUGCUUUUCCAUUCUGUUUGAUUUACAAAUACCUCCAAUCACAUCUCAUUCCUCAACUCCUCAGGAACUCCCAGGAUGAAAAACACCCAUACCAAAAAAGAUCCUUCCUCCAAAAUGCCAAAUAUAAAUCACUAGCUUGCAAAAAUUGCCCAGCAGAAUGGUAAUAUUUACCAAUCACAUUGAGCAUUGUUCAUCUAUUCACUCAUACAUUUCAUAUAUGCACCCGUUUUGCCUUACAGCAAACACAUGGGAUAAUGUACACUAGCUCAAAACCACACAAUGAAUUUCGAUGACUAAGGGUGGACCUGAAUCCAAAUCUCCUGAGUCCAGGUUUAGCACCCUAAUCGCUGUAUUAUUGUCUUGUAUGUCAAUUUAGCUUUAACUCUUGUCAUUCACGGAAAUAAUAAAAGUGAUUUUAAAGAUUUGCAGUGAAGUAGAAAAUCUUGUUUCCAUUCAUUCUUUGUGAUAGGCUUACAGGCCAGGUGAGGAACCAUCAUAAUUUGUGUUUGGUGGUUGGGUUGUAGAUCGGUCAUGUCUCCUAUUAUACAGUUAAAGCAGAUUACAAUCACAUUACAAUCACAUUACAUGGAAAAAAAGAACAACAUGAAUUAUGACCUAAAGAUAUAUUUUACAGGAUAUUAUGAAAAAUUACCAACUUUUUAAAAAAAUAAUUGCAUAUUUCAGUAGCCAGGAGCAUGGCUUCUGCAAACUUAACUCCCUUGAAGUUGCUUAUGUAGGUUGGCAUUUCUUUUAAGACUUCAUGAACUUAUGUCUCACUUGAACUUAUGUAGCAGAAGGCUGAAUUUUAGUCUCCAUGAAAAUGCCUACAGCUGGGACCUGAACAAUUUGUUUUUCUAAUGUCUGAAGCUUCAAAGAAAUUACUAUUGUAAUUGUACAUAAUAGCCAUUACAUAUUCACUUUUUUGUGUUUAAAUUUCUUCUCAAUUGUGGCCUUUUAAAACAUGUUUUGAAGAUUAAUUUCACAGAAAUGAUAAAAUUUGUUAUCAUUGUUCUUUUUUCAUUAGAUGUGUCAUUCUUUAAUAAAUUGUUUGAAAUGAUA